GAAUCACUGAAGCUUCGGAUGCUGAUCAGCAGAAAUGAGUGAAAAUAAUCGAUCACAGACGGAGAAGAGCAAAACCAACGCGAAGAGGAACACCACAGCAAUGUUGUCCGGGGCUGCAGAAGCUCCAUCCUCAUCCAUGAGCUCCUCUGAUGUUCAAUCAUCAGCUAUUAAUGAACCGGAGCAGGAGUCUGCUCCACAAACCUGCCGCCAAAACAAGAGCAUCAGCGCGGCCCAUCCCGCCAUCUACUUAAACACCCGCUCUCACAAACUGCUCAGGAGAGCCAUCCGGAUAUGGAAGAUGCCGAUUCCCAUACUGAACUUCACCAGAUCUUUGAAGCCGAAGCCCAGAAGCUUCCGAGAGCAACUGAAGCGAGUGGAAAUGCUUCGUAAUCGGUCUGAAGACUCGAAUAGUCCGAAGCCGAUGACUCGCUCCGUCAGAGACCUGCAGCUGUGUAGCUCCGGGACAGACUCCUCUCCAUCACCCUCCAGCACCUCCCUGAAGUCCCACCGCAGCCUCCGCACACGGCCGGUCCACAUGCACCGCCGCCGCCGAUAUAAGAAACAGUUACAGCUCUACCGGAUGCUGUCCAACAACAGGAGACGCAGACAGAGCGAUGAGAAACCGCACAUGCUGGAGGGUCAGUCAUCACCUGCAGCGUCCACUUGUGUUAAAGGCUCCUCUGAGAUUCAGGAUGAUCACAAAGAUUCGUCAUCUACCCAGAGUCCUCCAGUGAUCCGGGCGCCGCCGAGAAAAACCAGUCGCCGGUUGUGGCGCCGACAGCUGGACAGCAGCAGUUCAGACAACAGCCCGAUGACCGCUAACCCGGUUAACAGCGUGAGACUGGACACACCAGAAGAUCACAGACAGCGACCUGCGAAAACAGACAAACAGAGUCAAAACAGAAGGAUUUCCUUUUCUUUUGCUGAUGUUUCAAGUGAGUUUGAUAUUAAUUCUAGUGUAAUCAAAGAAGCUUCUGCACCUGCACAGAGUAACAAUAACGGCCAUGAUUCAUCUGAUCUCAAACCGGACGUCCAAACCAAUGAGGAAUCAACUCAAAAAUCCCUAAAGAUCACUAGAACGAACACAGAGGAACAUGAGCAAGACUCAAAUGAACAACAUUUGCAUGAAAAGCCUGACACGUCAUCGCCGGACCCCGAAGCGUCGUUAGUUUCACAGCUGACGAUCUUUAAAGAAGAUGCCACUGAGAUGGUUUCACAGGAGCCAGUUCAGUUCAAGAAGCCUUCAUCCAUCAGAAACACACAGUCAGACGCUCUUCAGAAACCAGACACUCCCAGACCCAAGUCAAGUGUGAAAUGGAAGAACGUUAUGAUGCAGAGAGCACUGUGUUCUUUUACCGUCCCGUAUGAGAAUCAGGAUCCAACACACGAAUCCUGGUGCAGAUUUACGCUGGCGGACGAUUCAACACACGCAGACAGAGCCGACGUGACGCCUGAAUGUCCUGAGAAACCAGCUGAAGAUCACAUCAAGAACGGAGCUGCGGGAGACGCUUUCAUACCACAGUAAAGCAACAGCUGAGUCUGUUCCUCCUACAGUCUUCAGAUGCUGCUGAAUCCAGUGAAUUAAAAUGAAGACAAGCAUCACGAUGUUGGACAUCAGGGCCAAAUUUUAUGUGCUUUAUAUGAUAUUGAUUUAUAUUAGUCCUACUGUGAACUGACAUUUUUUUUAGCAUUGACAUCUGUGAGAAUGAAUUUUUUAACAUUUUUAUGUAAUUGUAAAGAAUGACCACAUGAUGGCAGUGUUACACAGUCACACAUUUUCACUGAUGUGACCUGAAA